UCAUUGCUCCUCCCGACGCUGCUCGAACCCAACAAGAACAACGACACAUAGGAUCCCCCGUUUCCCCGAACCCAAAGUCCAACCACCUACAAAUAAAUCACUCUCGCUCGCUCCUACCCACACCUCGCCGUACCCGAACCCGUCCAUCGCGCCCCCGGCCGCCCGGACCUCGAUCGGCUCGGGCUCGCGCUCGCACCCCCCAGAUGCGCAUCAUCCCCCGAUGCGGCCCCGGCCCACUUAGCCCCCGGCUGCUGCGGCGGCGGCCAUGAAGCGGCCGCUGCGGGGGCCCUUCGCGGCGCUCCUCCUCGUCGUGCUCUGCGGCGCGGCCUCCUUCCCCUCCGCGCUCCGCCGGGCGCUGGCCCCGCCGGCCCCCGCGCUCGCCCCGCCGGCCCCCGCGCUCGCCCCGCCGCCGCCGCCGCUCGAUCCCGCGCGCCUCAACGCCACGCUCCUCCGCCUCGCCGCCCUCGACGGCUCCGAGCCGUCCCUGCGCCGCGACGUCGACGACCUCCUCGAGGGCCGCCUCCCGGCCUCGGGCCGCGCCCGCGCCCGCGCCUGGCGCCGCGACCGGCUCCACCCGCUCCACCUCCGCCACCACCAGUUCCCCGUCCACCGCCGCGGCCACGCGGACCGCGACCACGCCGACUCCCUCCUCCACCCGCUCCCGCGCGAGGAGCUCCUCCUCGACCCCGCCCUCCGCCGCGCGCUCCGCUCCUGGCACCGCCUCCGCCGCUACGACCCCGCCGUGCUCCGCGACCUCCCCGCCGUGCUCGCCCUCCCCGCCCGCAUCCCCUCCUGCGCCGUCGUCGGCAACAGCGGCAUCCUCCUCCGCCACGCCCACGGCGCCCUCAUCGACUCCCACCACGCCGUCUUCCGCCUCAACAACGCCCGCGUCGUCGGCUACACCGCGCACGUCGGCGCCAAGACCAACCUCUCCUUCAUCAACAGCAACAUACUCCACCUCUGCGCGCGCCGCCCCGGCUGCUUCUGCCACCCCUACGGCAGCGGCGUCCCCGUGCUCCUCUACAUCUGCCAGGCCGCGCACUUCCUCGACGUCGCCGCCUGCAACGCCUCCUCCCUCGCCACCCACGACGCCCCCAUCUCCAUCACCGACCCUCGCCUCGACGUCCUCUGCGCGCGCAUCGUCAAGUACUACUCGCUCCGCCGCUUCGUCGCCGAGACGGGCCGCGCCGUCGAGGACUGGAACGGCGCGCACGACGCGGCGCUGUUCCACUACUCGUCCGGGAUGCAGGCCAUCAUGGUCGCGGUGGGGGUGUGCGACAGGGUGAGCGUGUUCGGCUUCGGGAAGGUGGCAGACGCCAAGCACCAUUACCACAGCAACCAGAAGAACGAGCUGGACCUCCACGACUACGAGGCGGAGUACGCCUUCUACCGCGACCUCGCCGAGCGCCCGCAGGUAGUCCCCUUCCUCAAGGACACUGGCCUGGCUGUCCCGCCCGUCGUGUUCUACCAUUAGGGGCCAGCUUCCUAGGAUGCGGGCAACGUGCUCGACGUUAUGCUUUUCUUUUUGGACCUGCUUGUUUGCUCAGUGUAAAAUGUGCUCUGCGAGGUGGAUUAGUUAUUUAUUGUGAUUAGAUGAUAGGCGAGUUGAGAUAGAGAAUUGGAGCUGCAAGUGUACAUUAAGAUUUAGGAUCCUCCACUGGUAUAACCGUAUAGGAGAGGUUGCUUGUGUUUUUGGCUGCUUCACAGCGACAGCUAGUGAAGUGUAAUUUCAGACUGAUUUGUCUUGAUAAUUUCUUCCGAAUCAAAUGUAUACCUUAUGUGAAGCCUUGCUGCUACUGUGCUUCAGCUGAUAUGUACUCCCUCUGUUAAGAAAUAUAAGAGCGUUUAGAUCA